GAAGGGGAGGAAAAGCCGAGAUAAGCAUAUGGAGAAGGAGUGAUAAAACGUUGCUGUGUCUUGAGGACAUGAGGUUGGAGCUUGGCCUCCAACACUCCGGAAAAGGGACUUGGGCUGGAAGAGUUAAAUAUUUUUGAGGAUUGGAGGCUGGAAUUGGAAAACUGCAAAAUAGAAUAUCCCGCAAAGUGACGCGGUGGGUUGAUUGGACCUCUGAAAUACCACUUCCGACGAAUUGUUAUCCAACAUCUUUAAAACUUCCAGUGUUGGAGCAUUCACAACUUCUGGAGCCCACCUUUUUUGGGAUCUCUGAUCCCGAGGUGAACGGAAGAUGCCACGUUCAUUCUUAGUGAAAAACAGGAAGGUUCACUCGUACCAUCAUCGUGCCGUCGAUGACAGCAUCCUGGUGCCAAGGUGGGAUACGGGCACCUCAGCGUCCUUCUCUGACGUUAUUUCUGAUGACAGCAUCCUGGAAGACAGCAAGGCCUUCCAGGCAGAUAGUCCACCAUGCUGUUCUCCAAAAGAAGAACAGGAGCUCCAGAAGGACAAGGAAGAACAUUUUCCUGUUCAGAGUAUAACACUGACAACACCAAAUCCAGAGGUGCCCGUCCCGGCUUUAAAACCUCAAGAGGCGAGCGCUUCCGCGUUCUACAACCCCAGUUUUGCCUGGAACGCCUUCCGCCCUCCGUUUGGCUACAGAUCAAUGACUUCCACCAUGCUGGAGCACUCCAUUCAUCUGUACGGCACCCCGAUCCUUCCGGCUUCCGACCUGCCUCUCGAUUACAGCAUGCCGUUCUCGCCUGAAUUGGAGACCUACCACUGUGUCAUAUGCAACAAAAUAUUCUCUACCCCACACGGGCUGGAGGUCCACGUUCGACGAUCCCACAGCGGCACUCGGCCUUUUGCUUGCAGCGUUUGUGGGAAAACAUUUGGGCACGCUGUCAGUUUGGAGCAACACACCAACAUCCACUCUCAGGAGAAAAGCUUCGAGUGCAAAAUGUGCGGAAAGACGUUCAAACGGUCGUCCACUUUGUCUACUCACCUGCUGAUCCACUCCGACACGCGUCCGUACCCCUGCCAAUACUGCGGGAAACGUUUCCAUCAGAAGUCGGAUAUGAAGAAACACACCUACAUUCACACAGGGGAAAAGCCGCACAAAUGCCAGGUGUGUGGCAAAGCCUUCAGCCAAAGCUCCAACCUCAUCACCCACAGCCGCAAACACAGCGGCUUCAAACCUUUCACCUGCGAGCUGUGCGGGAGGGGUUUCCAACGCAAGGUGGAUCUGCGGCGUCACCGAGAGAGCCAGCACAGCCUCAAGUGAAGGGGGAAUUCCUAUCGUGGAAUGAGCGGUGGAGGAUGGUCGGGAACCUGCAGCCCGAGAGCUGUAGGCAGUCCUUGGCCCCAGAUGGUUAAAUCCCACCCACUUCGGCUUUUAGCGGCACCCAUUUUGCUUCUGAUCCCGCCUACUUUGGGCCUUGGCGCCACCCGCUGGGGUAGAUCUCCGAUUGAAUCUACAACUGUGGAAGCCCAUAAAAAGCCCCGUUGGGUUAAGGAUGGUAGAAAAAUAAUAAUAAUAAUAACGCCUUUAAGAAAGAUUACUUUUUUUCCCUUUCUCUUUCACCAAGCAGAUACAUGGAGUAAAAAGGAGCAAGGGUUUGAGAGAGAGAGAGAGGGAGAAGGAGAAGGAGAGAGCGAGGGAGAGGGAGAAGGAGAGAAAGAGAAAGAAAGCGAGAGAGAGAGAGAGAAAGAAAGCAAGAGAGAGAGAAAGCAAGCAAGAGAGAGAGAGAAGGCAAGAAAGAGAAAGAGAGAAAGCAAGAGAGAGAAAGAGAAAGAGAAAGAAAGAGAGAAAGAGAAAGAAGAGAGAGAAAGCAAGCGAGAGAGAAAGAGAAAGCAAGAGAGAGCGAGAGAGAGAGAAAGAGAGCAAGAGAGAGAGAAAGCGAGAAAGCGAGAGAGAAAAGAAAGAAAGUGAGAUAGAGAGAGAAAAAAAGAAGGGGGGAAGAAAGAAUCUGGAUAUACUGUGUUUUUUUGGGCUUUGCAAUGCAACAAUGUUCGGAUUAGAAGACUAAGUUAAGGGAAAGGGUUUAGGAGAACUCACCGGGUUGAAUAGGCAAGGCAAAUCUGCAAAACAACCCAUAAAAAACAAAUCAGACAACAGGUUUCCGUGGUGGGAGACAAAGGAUCUGUUGUUCAUGGAUAUUUCCAUCGCUAUCCAUAAUUUACAUGAUCCAUUGUGCAAAGGUAUCAAGAUUUUUGCCUCUGUUUGAAUCUCUGUUUCCUGAAAAAAAAAAAAAAAAAUUGGACGUCAAUAAAUGCUGUUAAGAAAUAAAAUUUGAGUCAUGAAACCUCCUUUGGCAUUGGUGAA